AUGAAUUUUGAAUCACAAGAAUAAUAGGGAGUAUAUAUUUAUCCAUAUAUUUUAUAGUAUCUGGUUCCACAUUUGGCAUUUAAGGAAGAGUUAUUGAUUUUUGAAUAGUUUGAUUAUAGAGUAUUAAAUAAAUUUGAAUUAAACUUAGAGACAUAAAAUGAUUGA